AUGGUGAGUGACAAGGGAAAGAAAUCAAAGGUCGCUGAGAAAGUGGAGGAUGAUGAGAAUAAUGCAGUUGACAUAACUGAUAGUGAACUCGUUUUCUCCAUUGAGAAGUUGCAAGAGGUCCAAGAUGAACUCGAAAAGGUGAAUGAAGAAGCAAGUGAUAAAGUGCUGGAAGUUGAGCAGAAAUAUAAUGAGUUACGCAGGCCUGUCUACGAUAAGCGGAAUGAGAUCAUCAAAUCUAUCCCUGACUUCUGGAUAAUUGCGUUCAUGAGUCAUCCUGCUUUUUCUGCUCUGCUAAGUGAGGAAGACCAUAAGAUCUUCAAGUAUAUGCAUUCUCUUGAUGUUGAGGACUUUGAAGAUGUGAAAUCAGGGUACUCGAUCACAUUUAAUUUCAGAGAGAACCCUUAUUUUGAAAAUACGAAGUUGACAAAAACAUUCAAAUUCCUUGACGAGGGGACCACUAAGAUUACUGGUACUACCAUUAAAUGGAAGGAAGGCGUGGAUGCUUCCAAUGGAGCCAAUCAUGAGAAAAAGGGAAAUAAACGACCAUUCGCUGAAGAGAGCAUCUUUAGUUGGUUUGCUGAAACCGAACAGAGAGAUAUUGCUGAGCUUCACGAUGAGGUGGCAGAUAUAAUCAAGGAGGAUUUAUGGCCCAAUCCUCUCAAGUAUUUCAACAGUGAGGCUGAUGAAGAAGAGGUGUCUGAUGGAGAUGAAGGUGAUGAAGAGGGAAACGGUGACGAUGAUGAGGAAGAUGAUAGUUAA